AUGGCGUCAAUAUUCACAUAUGACCCAAACCCCCCGCGUGUGUCCUCUCCUUGGUCGACACCUCGAGGAGCGACGCCACAACCUUCGGUGGACGAAGCGGACGUUGGACAGCAGCAUGAGGCGAUAUCGACAGCCAGGCCCUCCUCCCCGGUAUAUCUAAGCGAAACAGGUAUAACGAGACUGGAAGCAGAGCCACAGGAGGGCUCUACCGAAUACAAGUUACAUCUCCUUCUCCGCCCUCGAAGGAUUUUCUCUUCAACGUCGACCUCAACUCAGGUCUCUGGAUCUCAGCACUCAGCAGCGUACCUGUCAAAAGCUGGCGUGCGAAGCAACAGUCUCUCACCAACGUACCCUGUACAACCACCAUCCAUGCAGUCCCGUCAGACAAGGUUACAGCAAUUGACAACUCAACUACUAUGGCGGCUACAGCAGUCAUCGCCCUUUCACUCGUCCUCGAUGGCAGAUCCGAUCAUCCCAGGUUUGCCCGAAACUACCACCAAGCUUGGGAUCUCGAGCACACCCGCGACAUUACUUCCUGGUCUUGAAGAAAGCCAAGGCGCACUGUACGAAAUUGGGGUAUCUGAUGACGGUACUUUUGUGGGUCUUGCACAAGAUGAGCUAGACGAGAGCCUUGCCAACCUGAAAACGAUGGCUGCUAGUCUUGGCUGUGUUGUGCAAGUGCUUCGCAAGGUCAUUGUCGGUCAUUGUGAAUGGAGCGAUACAAGACAAGCAGUCGAUAGCAGUACUGCCCAAAACCAUGUGGAUAACCUUUGGGUGGCUGAGGCUCUGGUGCGGCCCGACUUAGAAACAUACACCCAGACCCUGGGCCCAGCGUUUACCUCGAACCCGGCACAAUUUAGAACAGUUGAGACUGUCCAUGGCCUUGAAACAAUUGAGCCAGACAUUUCUCGGUCCGACGUCGUGCAGCUCAGAGUAUCAUUGAUUGGCGCUACCAGUUCAGGUAAAUCUUCUCUGUUAGGCACAUUGGCGACCUCCACGUUAGACAACGGUCGCGGCAAAAGUCGUCUCAACUUGUUGAAACAUCCCCACGAAAUUGCUUCAGGUGUAACAAGCUCUGUUGCUCAGGAGCUCAUCGGCUACCACAAAAGAGGGACCCGCGACUUGCCAGCGCGGACUAAAGGUCCCCCAGUAGUGAUCAAUUAUGCUUCCGAGAAUGUGUCCUCCUGGAACGAUAUCCAUGCCUCUGCAGAACGUUUGGUCUUCUUGUCAGAUUCGCCGGGCCUGCCACGAUAUUCGAAGUCGACUAUUCGGACUUUGGUAUCAUGGAAACCGCAUUGGACCAUCGCUUGUAUCGCUGCGGAUUCUGGAGCUAGUGAUGUUGAUGGGAAGGCACAUGUGCUUACGGGGCCUACAGCAGCUGGGUGGACAAACAUAGUUGAAUCUGCAACGAAUUUAGACUCCCUGUUCAUGCAUAUUGAGCUAUGCUUAAAGCUUGGACUUCCCCUGAUAGUGGCAAUGACUAAGAUGGAUAUCGCGACCAAAGUGAAUUUGCGCCAGACAUUGGGCAAGCUAUUGUCUGCUCUCAAAGCUGCUGGCAAGAAACCUAUCAUGAUGUCCACGUUGGAAGGGCAAAGUCAGUGUUCUAGCAAUCAACCAAUGGACUUGCAAUGUGUUAGUAUAGCGGACGAAGUCGAAGUCCAAAGAGUGACAACUUUGAUCGAUGAAAUGGGCAUUGAAGUGGUACCAAUUGUUUUGACCAGUGCAGUAACUGCUCAGGGUAUUGGGAAGCUACAUGGCCUCCUAAGAUCAUUGCCAAUACUUGAGGAAAGUGCACAAGGAAUUGCAGCUGCACCUUCGACCAGCCUUGUACAAAAUCAUAACAACGAUGUGUCCUCGAAGAUAUUCCAGGUGGAUGAGGUCUUUGCGAUGCCUCCAUCGAAAGUCUACAACGCAUCGAGAGCCGUCCACGAGGCUGGCCAAGGUACCGUCCUCUGCGGCUUUGUGCUAUCGAACUCAAUCCACAUAGGAGACAGCUUGAAACUUGGCCCAUUCCUGGUUGAGACAAUUCACGAGUCCACACAACAGGACACCUCUUUGCACCGCUCCAUCUCGUUUCCGAGCUCGACUAUCAAUGGAAGGCCACCAUCGCAUCUUUACUCAAAAUCAAUACCUGCACCUGGACCCUCCUCGAUGAACAAAGCAAAGGAACCUACGGUUGCUGCAUUGUGGCACGAUGUUCGCGUUGUCUCACUGCGGAAUCUUCGCCUUCCUACGCGGUCCCUAUUAGCUGGCCAAAUCGGGACUAUUGGCGUUGAGCCUAUCAGCAGUGUCGCUCCAUCAAGCUGUGAUCUCCGCCGCGCUCGGAAAGGAAUGAUCUUAGCGUCUUUUGAAGGUGGUGAACCCAGCGCUUACCGCUCGUUCUCAGCUUCAUUCCCAGCUUCAGACUUCUGGGCUGCAAAUUCUCCACCUCUGAUCUUGGGUGGUCAUGCAACGAUCUACGCCAACUCGACAAGGAGUCCUGUGAAAGUGACAUCUGUGGCCCUGGCUGAACAUGAUGACGAUACGGAACCGUCCAGCAGGGAUGACAGCGGCGUCUUCGCCUUCGAUGGGGACGAUCAGAAUGCCCAGGAAGGCAAGGAAAUUAAGAUCAAGUUCAGCUUUCUGAGCAGCUUGGAAUGGAUGAGGCUGGGUGAUAGGGUUCUUGUUGUGCCGAAUGCAGCAUCUGUUGGCCCAAUCACGGGUGGAUUCGUGCCUGCUACUGGUGGUUUGAGCGGCUUUGUUGGAAGGGUGUGCGGUUUAAAUGGUUGA